UUCUGGGCCCUUAUAGAAUAGCAAAGUUCUAUCAUAGCUAUUUGUAAUCAAUCAUUUAUCACUUGUAGAAAGAACAACAGUAUUUCAUUGCUACAUGUAUGGAUUAUUAUUUUCAAUAAUCCAUGUAUUUGGACAUUUUCCUUCAACUCCAUAAUUUUGUAUUUAGUUAUUUAACAUAACAUCACUAGUUGAAGGUAAUUCUCCGAAAUUAAAAUGGAUUAUGGGAGUAACAAAAAAACCUGACUUAAAUGAUCCUGUAUUAAGAGCUAAAUUAGCGAAAGGUAUGGGGCAUAAUUAUUAUGGGGAGCCCGCAUGGCCUAAUGAUCUUUUAUAUAUUUUUCCUGUAGUGAUUUUAGGUACUAUUGCGUGUAACGUAGGAUUAGCGGUUUUAGAACCAUCAAUGAUUGGUGAGCCGGCGGAUCCGUUUGCAACUCCUUUGGAAAUAUUACCUGAAUGGUAUUUCUUUCCUGUAUUUCAAAUACUUCGUACAGUACCAAAUAAGUUAUUAGGCGUUCUUUUAAUGGUUUCAGUACCUGCGGGAUUACUAACAGUUCCUUUUUUAGAGAAUGUGAAUAAAUUCCAAAACCCAUUUCGUCGUCCAGUAGCUACAACUGUUUUUUUGGUUGGUACUGUAGUAGCCCUUUGGUUAGGUAUUGGAGCAACAUUACCCAUUGAUAAAUCCCUAACUUUAGGUCUUUUUUAAAUUGAUUCAAUUGUGAAAUAACACAAGGUCUGUAUCUAGGGAAUAGUCGCUUCAAAGUGAAUUUUCCCUAGAUACAUCUAUUCAAUUG